GUUACCAUAGCUACGGGGCACACAGCAGCGAGGUCUCCCCAGCUGGUCCCCUGCGGGCCGGAGGAAAGAGGCGGCACCAUGAGCCACGUCGUAACCAUCGAGGAGCCCCAGGCCAAGCCGCAAAUGUCUCCAACUCAGUCCAGGGAGAGGUCGAGGGCCGGGAUUCGCUUCUCCUUCAGUCGAGCGUACGAUUUCCUGUACGAUCCAUUGUUUACUGUGUCAAGUGAACAAGACUACACACAGGCAAAUAUCCAAGCCACCCUGAUUGGCAGCCGACUGAGAAAAGUUCCCAGGUUUAGAACCAUGUUCAGUAACCUGAUCCAUUAUCCAAGAUAUUCUCUAUAUUGGAGCAAGGCAGAUCCUGUCCCACCAUUUAUCAGUCGGGAAUGGAGGGGACAUGAGGAGAAACACAAAGAAACCCUCCGGCAGCUUGCCUUAACUGAUACUUCUUUUCAGAGGCCUAAAGAAGUUUAUGAAGAUCCUGAAGUUACUGGAAAAAAUCGCUACAAAUACUUUGAAAGGCCUUUCCUUCCAUUUCAUCAACAGAUACCAUUCAGUGUUGUUUAUGCAAUAACCAAGGUAGAACCAUAUACUUUUCCUCCCGCUUCUACUAAGUCCCUACCCAUCUCUUCAAAGUCUACAGUGGGCACACAGACUGAUUAUCGGGAUGCUGAUGUUCAAACAGAUCCAUAUUCUCCAGAAUAUGUAGUAUGUCAGGAUUCAAUCCCUGAGCUCUUGACCCUGGCUACUCUUACUUGGGGUCGGGGUCUCCCAGCAGGACAAGCCGAGGUGGAAAUGAUAGAACGAGCCCGGGAGAAGCGUGCUUGGGAAGCCACUCUUCCUCCUCUGAGUGACACCUCCCAGUUUGAGAAGAGGAGGAGGUUGAUGGAUGCAAUGGAAAGGAAGGAGUGGGCCUUCAGAGAGCAUGAGAUUGAAAAGCUGCAGGAGAUUCGCCUAGAAGUUCUCAAAGAGCUGCUGAGGAAGCGUGAAGAGAACCAGAACGACGUGAACAUGAAGCACUUGAACGCCCAGUGGUUUAAACUGCAAGAAGCAAAAGAGGCAAAAAUGGCACAAAUCCAGCGUACACACAUAUCAACAAUCAGAAAGCUUGUAGAAAAGAGAAAGAAUGUAGAAGGGAAGCUCGAGAGAAGAAAUAUCAUCAAGGAUUAUUCUGACUAUGGAUCACAGGUCUACGGACCUCUAGCUCGUCUUGGUCGUUUCCCAGACAACAACUCAGAGGAUUUUGUAGUGAAAAACCACUAUCUCAACACCUAUGAAGGAUUAGUCGAGCUUGAGUCAUGUCUCCCAGAUUUUGUGACACGACCCCAAAUCAGAGCACCCAAACCAAAAGUGGUUACCACCAAAUCUGGUUUUCUGAAGAGGGCAGCGAAGUUGGAUUCUGAAUUGGCAGAGAUUCAUAAGGCACUGAUGGAUAAGAAGAGUAAAGUUCUUGAAGCAAAGAAGCCCCUUCGCUUUCUCCAAAGAAAACCAAUCCCUCAACCUCGGCUUCCAACCCCAACUUUGGAAAUGAAUUCUAAUGAAGAAGAAGAAAUAGAAAUGGCUGUGAUCCACCUUCAAAAAUUACUCCGGGGCAGAGUUGUUCAGAACAUGAUGUUUGAAGGCAAAGAAAAGCGACUGGAGUUGAUCCAGGAGUUGCGCACCAGCCAUGCCCUGCAAGAAGACGAGAAGCUGGUGAAAAAAGCCGAGAAGCAAGUGACCCUGGCCUUGCAGCGACAGAGAAACUUGCAUGAGCACAAGGUGUCACUGGUUGAAAACCAUUUGGCUGGGCUGGAAGGAAGGGCACUGGCAGACAUGUUUGACUUCUUGUCCAAAGAGCUGGUGAGGCUGCAGGAAGAGAGGAGGAUCCAUGCCUUUGCCAUGCUGGCCGAGCGCCAGCGGCGGAUGCGAGAGGCUGAGGAGAGUGGCCGGCGCCAGGUGGAGCAACGGCGCCUGCAGGAGGAGGACCAGAUAUUUAAAGAGGUAAUUAAAGUUCACCAAAGUACUGUAACUUCCUAUCUGGAAGACAUAAUAUUGAACACCGAAGAGAGUACUGCGGAAGAACAAGCCAGGGCAGAAAUUGAGAAGAUGGCCGAGGAAAUCAAUGACAUUGCUUAUGAAAUGGAGAGCCGUCGAACUUUUCGUCAGUCUGAGGAGGUUGUUGCUGAGUUGGUUUAUAGUUUUCUGAUCCCAGAGGUGCAAAAGGAGUUUGUCAAAGAAAAAGUGAGGAACACACAGCGGAAACAUCUUCUUGCAGCCCAUCAGAUCAUCCACAGGCACACGGAAACCAUGGUCCAGAAGAGGUUAACUGAGGGCCAGCAAGAGGAGGCCUCAGACACGGACAUGUUGCUUGAGAAAGAAACUCCAGAUGAGGAAAGCGGCUAAGGUGAGCUUGAUUUUUCACCUGGAAGGAAGUAGAGAGAAGAAAGGCAGCAAGGUUCCGCUCUGUGCUGUGCUCCAACAACCUUAAUGUGAAAAGUGUGUUACUUAAGAAAAUGAAGGACUUUCAUUUAAAUUGGCACAUUUCUGGCAUCUGUUUUGAAAUUAUUAGAGAAUUGGAGUUGAUAUCACAAUUGGACUCUUGUGUUCAGGAAACAGAACCCUGAAUUAUUUUUAUUGGUUAUUUUAGCAUCACAAAUAAAGCUACAGCAUGUGUCAGUGUUA